UUUUUUUUCUUCUCCACUGCCUCCCGUUCUUGCCGCUCGUCUGCGCCUGUUCUCCUCUUUUGGCAUCUUGCGACGACUUGGGAAGACCCGCGCUGAUAACUUUUUGGCCAAUCUUAAGUUCGCGUUCUUUCUCCACCACCUCGCUGGCUCUGGAUUCCAGUCAAGCUUGUGUCAGCCGCGCCUUGAAGAUUAGCGUGACACGCAAGCCCGCGACCAUCGCCACCCCUGCCACUCUUGCCUCUUGUGGUGGUUGCUGGUGUUAUCCCCCUUGACCGGACUUCGUCUGGCGGCUGUUGCGGGUGUCUAGCUGAACCGCAAAGCCGUGUGGACGACUGGCGCCCGCGUGACGACUAGCAGCACCAUUCCCUCUUCGUGGACCGAGCCUCAACCUCACCACCCUUCGAAAUGGCGGACCACAACGACAACCACUUCUCCUGCGGCAACGAGUUCAAUCGAGUCAGCUCCGACGGCAUUGCCGUCGUUGUCACUGGCCGGGGCCCUGCGUGCCUCGGCCAGUGCGACUUUCGCGGCCAACUCCACGACGGCCGCGCCGGCUCUGGCGGGCCCCAACUCGGGGCGCGACAUCUUUAGCCCCUCAGCCUCCUCGGCUGCCCCAGCCGUCAAGUCUCUGACUGGAGCGACUGACAUGGACAUGGGCUUUGCCGAUCUCGAUCUGGAUAUGGAUUUGGACAUGCAUAUGGACGUGGAUGCCCUCUUGGGCAUUGCUCCUGCCAUGCCCAAGGACGGAUCGUCCAAAGUCGCCGCCGCCGACGACUAUGGCCUGACUCAGGCGCUGCAAGCUUCAGUGGCGGCCGACACCGCACCCGCUGCAUUGCCAAUGCCGGAGGAGGUUAAUCUACAAGCCCUGUGCAAGGACUUGGGUCUGGGCAACGAGCAACUUCCUCAGCUGACCCUUGAGGGAGCUGAUGCCGAAGCGGACCUCAAAGGGUUUGAGGAGCUGCAGAACCUGAACUUUGAGGAUUUGGACUUUGCCUUGCCGCGCUCGCUGUCAGUGAACGUCCUGUCCGCACCCGCCUCGGAGCUGGUGCACAACGAGGGCCAUUUGGAUGCCGUGGCACCCGCCGUGGACAAUGCACAUUGCCACGAAGCCUUCCGGCCCGUCACGGCCACGGCAGCGGCUGCUGCUGCCGCCGCCAAGUCGCUGCAGACCAAAAAGGCGCCCUCGACCAAGGUCAAGCGCCAAGCAGCCUCGACCAGCGCCAGUGCUGGCACACAGGACAAGGAUGCCAAUCGUGGCUCGCCAGCCAAAAAGGCCAAGUUGAGCAAGGCUGCCAAGGAACCCAAGGAAGUCAACCAGCGCGGUCAGCCGCGUAAGCGUCGCCCCAAGGUGGCUGUGGCUGAGCACCUCAAGGACGAGGCCUACCUUGCCUACCGUGAGCUUAACAAUGAGCGAGCACGUCGCUGUCGCGAGAAGAAGCGUGAGGAGAAGCGCCAGGCAUCCCGUCGUCUGCAGACGCUGGAUGCUGAGAACGAGCGCCUCAAGGACGAGAUGCACCGCCUGCAGGAUGCUCUCAAGGACUUGGUCCAGGCCAUGCAGGCACGCGUUGCCCAGGCCUAUGCUGAGGAAGAGGUGCCUGAGGACAUGCAGGCCAGCGUGCAGCGCGUUGCCAACACGACCUCGGCGCUCUGUGCCUCGUACUGACCCGAGGCUGCACCUGCCUUUCCGUUGCUCAUCUUGCUGGGCUCUAUUGCUUCUUAUGUUCGCAACCUCGUUGAACUCUGCGUGCGGUUCCACCCUGUGCCAGCACCCGCAUCCUAAAUUUCUUUUUUUUUGGCGCAUUUGUUGUUGUUGUUGUUGUCAUGUCUAUGUCUUUGUUGGUGGCGGGAGAUGGCUUGGUUUUUCUCUGCCUCAACCCUUGCCCAAAUUCAGUUCUGUCACUAC